GACUUUUUAUACUACUAAAAAAAAAGAUAGGAUAAGGUACUCGCGUGUCCCCGGUCGUCCGUUCUCCGCCCAGCAAGAGCUGCGCCGCCAUGAUGGUCGCUUCCGUCGUGCCCUCUCCGCUGGCUGGUCCUGCACUCGCGAGGCCGGUCUGCACGCGUCUCCUUCCGCCCUGCGACCUGCCGGCCGGCCCCUCUUUGCAAUCGGCCAGCGGCUGCCGCGUCGCGCGCGGCGGCGCACGGCGCCCGCAGCACAUCUCGUUUGCAGCCGGAGGAGGCGCAGCGGGUGAUGCUUUUGUCGUAGAAGGCGCGACGAAUGUGAAGUUCUCUAGAGAGCUAACUGUUCCCGGCCACAAAGAGCCUCUGAUCAUCCUCGGCACAGGUUACAGAGACAAGUUCUUCGUCAAGGUAUACGCCGCAGCGUUCUACGUGGAUAUCUCCAUCGGACUCGAUACCGAGCAGUGGAGAAAAAAGGUUGGCCUUGAGACUUUCGAUGCUUCCUCGGGUUUUGACUCCAUUUUUAAAGACAGCGUACCUUGCAAUGCAGCACCGGUUGUGAAAUCUCUGAAUAUAACUCUAGUUAGAGACGUUGAUGGCAACACCUUUGUGAAGGCUUUGGAUGGCGUUAUUGCUCGCCGGAUUCAGAAACGUACCGAUGAGGAAGAAUCUUCACUGUCGGCCUUCCGGAACAGCUUUCUAGGGCGCAAUCUCAAAAAGGGAACAACCAUCUAUUUAACUUGGUUGGAACCCUCAAGAAUGCUGGUCUCGGUUUCGACUGACCAAGGUCCAUCCCAAGUCGACGCCGAGGUCAAAUCAGCUACUGUCAAUUAUGCUCUAUAUGAUGGCUUCUUCGGCAGCUCUCCCGUAUCCCCCACUUUGAGAUCUUCCACUGCUCAGCUGCUAGAAGCUAUCCUUACAAAGUGAUGUGCAGAGCAGGAUUAAUGUAUGGUCCCUGAAGACAAAGUGCAGAGUGAUGAAUGAAUACUAUAGCAGUUUUCUUGGA